UCUCCGCGCGCCGGAGCGCAGAGAUUCCCGGCUCCUUCCCCCUCCCUCCGGCUCGUGACAACGAAGCGUCCGCGGUCUGAGGCGGCGGCGGCGACUGUGCGACCGGCUGAGCGCAAGAGGGAGCCGGCCUCGCGGCCCGCCCCGCCCCCGGGCCUUGGAGUCGGCGCCCCUCCCCUCUUGGCGCUUCCGUUACGGCCGUUAGUCCGGCGCGGGCCCCGGGGCCAUUCCCGAGCCCGAGGCGCCGGUCGGCCGCGUCUCUGCGCCCGGGAGCUGCCCUGACGGAGCUCGGCGCGGCCUGGAACUCAGCCUCCGCCUAGGUCUGGGCUCCCGUGCCCGGCGGCUCCGCUUGAUCGCAGGCCGGGAGGCCCGGGUGUCCGCGCCCGUCCGCUCCCGCCGCCCGGGUUCUUUGGAGCACUCCUCCCGACGGCCGCUUUCGGAGGCGGCGUGUGAGCGCGGGGUCCAGCUUUGCAAGUUCUCCCGGGGCGCCUGGCGACUGCUUUCCCGACCCCCGGGUGUCCCCAGAGUGGCUACGCGGACGUCGAGUUGGCAUUUCUCCGCUUCUUCCUGGACCUGCGCGCGGCUCGGCACCCCAAGCUUCUCUGGGCGCCGGGACCCGGCCAUGGGCCGAGGCACGGGCCGCCCGCCCGCCGGGAGCCGCGGCUCGGGAGCCGACCGCUAGCUGCGCGACCGCCCGGGGCCCUGGCCGGCAUGAGGACCGCCGCGGGAGGACGUCUGCGGCCCGCGUCGGCGUUGGGGACAAAGGUGCGUGUCGUUGUCGGGACCGGGCUCUCCCGUUAGCCUUGCUUUAGUUUUUGCACUUUUGAAAAAGUUGUGACAACAGGAAGACAGAUGCCGGGCGUAGUGCGGACACUUUAAAACUGAACCAUGAACUGGGAAGUGUUAACUGCAGUUGAGCGCAGCGCGGGCCCAAACUCAGCAGACCAGAAGCCAUGCAGUGACACCCGCUAAGACUUGUUGGUAGCCAUGUCGGAGCCCCACAGGGUCCAGUUCACCUCUCUCCCAGGUUCCCUGAAUCCUGCAUUUUUGAAGAAGUCCCGGAAGGAGGAGGCUGGGGGAGCAGAACAGCAUCAGGACUGUGAGCCGGCCGCAGCAGCUGUUCGAAUUACACUCACCCUCUUUGAACCAGAUCACAAACGCUGCCCAGAGUUCUUCUACCCAGAGCUGGUGAAGAAUAUCCGAGGGAAGGUGAAAGGCCUUCAGCCUGGAGACAAGAAGAAAGAUCUGUCAGAUCCUUUCAAUGAUGAAGAAAAGGAAAGACAUAAAGUGGAGGCCCUUGCCCGGAAAUUUGAAGAAAAAUAUGGUGGAAAGAAACGUAGAAAAGACCGAAUACAGGACUUGAUUGAUAUGGGGUAUGGUUAUGAUGAAUCCGAUUCCUUCAUCGAUAACUCUGAGGCGUAUGAUGAGCUUGUUCCUGCUUCUUUGACUACAAAGUAUGGAGGAUUUUACAUUAACUCGGGAACCCUGCAGUUUAGACAAGCGUCAGAGUCUGAGGAUGACUUCAUUAAAGAAAAGAAGAAAAAAUCUCCAAAGAAGCGGAAAUUGAAGGAAGGUGGUGAGAAGAUAAAGAAGAAGAAAAAAGAUGACACUUAUGACAAGGAGAAGAAAUCGAAAAAGUCCAAGUUUUCCAAAGCCGGCUUCACAGCCCUCAAUGCCAGUAAGGAGAAGAAGAAGAAGAAAUACUCCGGGGCUUUAAGCGUUAAAGAGAUGCUAAAGAAAUUUCAGAAGGAGAAAGAGGCUCAGAAAAAAAGGGAGGAGGAGCAUAAGCCUGUUGCAGUCUCGUCAGCGGAAGCUCAGGGCCUGCGGGAACUGGAGGGUGCCUCUGACCCUUUGCUCUCACUCUUCGGCUCCACUUCUGACAACGACUUGCUCCAGGCGGCCACUGCCAUGGACUCGCUGACGGAUUUGGACUUGGAGCAUCUGCUCAGUGAGUCUCCAGAAGGAAGCCCCUUCCGUGAUAUGGAUGAUGGAAGCGAUUCCCUUGGGGUGGGAUUGGACCAGGAAUUCAGGCAGCCCUCUUCUCUCCCCGAAGGCCUGCCAGCACCCCUGGAGAAGCGCGUUAAGGAGCUGGCUCAGGCUGCCAGAGCUGCUGAGGGGGAGAGCAGACAGAAGUUCUUCACCCAGGAUAUUAAUGGAAUCCUAUUAGACAUAGAGGCGCAGACUCGGGAGCUGAGCAGUCAGGUCCGCUCUGGCGUAUAUGCCUAUCUCGCAUCAUUCCUGCCCUGCAGCAAGGAUGCCCUGCUCAAGCGUGCUCGGAAACUUCACCUCUAUGAACAGGGGGGGCGUCUGAAGGAGCCUCUCCAGAAGCUGAAGGAAGCCAUUGGCAGGGCAAUGCCGGAGCAGAUGGCCAAGUACCAGGACGAAUGCCAGGCACACACGCAGGCAAAGGUCGCCAAGAUGCUGGAAGAGGAGAAAGACAAGGAGCAGAGGGACCGGAUUUGUUCAGAUGAGGAAGAAGAUGAAGAAAAAGGGGGCAGGAGGAUAAUGGGACCCCGGAAGAAGUUCCAGUGGAACGAUGAGAUCAGGGAGCUGCUGUGCCAGGUGGUGAAGAUCAAACUGGAGAGCCAUGACCUGGAGAGGAACAACAAAGCCCAGGCUUGGGAGGACUGCGUGAAGGCCUUUCUGGACUCGGAAGUCAAGCCCCUCUGGCCCAAAGGCUGGAUGCAGGCCAGGACUCUGUUCAAGGAGAGCAGACGAGGCCACGGGCAUCUGACUUCAAUCCUGGCCAAGAAGAAAGUUAUGACCCCUUCUAAAAUCAAAGUGAAGGAAUCGUCUAUGAAGCCUGAUAAAAAGGUUUCUGUCUCAUCAGGACAGAUUGGCGGCCCCAUUGCUUUGCCCUCAGAUCACCAGACAGGAGCCCUGAGCACUGGAGCCUCAAGUAGGGAGCUCCCAUCCCAGGCAUCGGGUGGCCUUGCUAACCCUCUUUCUGUCACCCUGGAGGACUCGUUGGAUGAAGACUUGAUCCAUAAUCCAGCCUCCUCUGUGGAAGCCGUGUCCAAGGAAUUGGCUGCACUGAAUAGCAGAGCAGCUGGGAACUCUGAGUUCACACUGCCUGCACCCUCAAAAGCACCUGCAGAAAAAGUUGGAGGAGUUUUAUGUACAGAGGAAAAAAGGAACUUUGCAAAGCCUAACCCUUCUGCUCCACCACCAGCUAGCUCUCUGCAAUCACCCCUUAAUUUUCUGGCAGAACAGGCUCUGGCACUGGGGCAGUCCUCUCAGGAGAAAAAACCGGAGAGUUCUGGCUACAAAGAGCUGCCCUGCCAGGCUCCCCUCAGUAAGGGCCUGCCAGAAGUACACCAGUCCAAAGCAAAGCACCACAGCUUGCCACGGACGUCUCAUGGGCCCCAGGUGGCAGUUCCCUUGCCCAGCCCCCAGGUAAAAGUCUUUCAUGCCGGCACUCAGCAGCAGAAAAACUUCACACCCCAAUCUCCAUUUGCCAAUAAGCUCCAAGGCCCAAAGGCUUCCCCUCCACAGUGUCAUCGUUCCCUCCUGCAGCUAGUGAAGACAGCGGCCAAAGGCCAGGGCUUUCACCCCUCCGCACCAGCCACCUCAGGAGGCCUGCCAGCCUCUAGCAGCAGCUCUCAUAAGACCCCAGCCUCGUCCUCUUCUGCCCUGAGCCAUCCAGCAAAGCCACACUCAGCCAGCUCUGCAGGCUCAUCUUAUAAGAGUAAUCCCUUUGCCAGCUCUAUUUCCAAACAUGGGGUUUCCUCUGGCAGCUCUUCGUCAGGAGGAACACCGGUCCAAGGUUCUGCUUCUGGGAACCUGCUCCCUGGCAUACAGCCUCCCUCUGUGGGACAGGCCACCAGCCGACCUGUACCAAGCUCAGCAGGGAAAAAAAUGCCCGUUUCCCAGAAGUUGACCCUGGUCGCCCCUCCAGGUGGUCCAAACGGAGAUUCCGGCAGUGGGACCCAGGGAGUGGCAAAGUUGCUGACCUCGUCCCCAAAGCCCUCUGCAGUUAGUGUGACAUCGUCUACCUCCUUGCCAAAAGGAGCGGGUGGGACUCUGCUGCUGGCCAGCUCCUCUUUGAUGCCUUCGCCCUACAAGUCCAGCAGCCCAAAGCUGUCUGGGGCCAUGAGCUCGAACUCCCUGGGAAUUAUAACCCCCGUCCCGAUUCCUGUCCACGUGCUCUCCUUCAGCACCGACUCCUCUGCCAAAGCAGGGGUCUCCAAGGAUGCCAUCGUCACAGGCCCUGCCCCCGGACCCUUCCACCAUGGCCUUGGCCACAGUGCUUCUCAGCUUCACGGGAAAGGGCCUGCUGUACCACGGAAAUUAUGACCGCUUCAGAGGCAAGGCUUGCCACUUGGGUCUGGGUGGAAUCAGAAUGUGGUCUCCCAGGAUGGACACUCACUGCGCCCUUUCUGCUGCUUGGUGUUCUUCUGGAGGAGUGUGAGUUCUCAGUGGAGCGCUUCUUGGCACUUCUGACAUGCCUCCCACAGAGGGAGCUGUCCCCUUGCUGCUGAGGAGGCGCAUACUUCCCCAUGCUCUGGGCCUUACGGCUCUGUUGCUUGACGGUGUUGGAGGGACAGCUCUAGGCCGGGGUGUGUGUUGGGCUGUGGCAGGAGGCACAGUGUUUACAGGCUCUGGUGGCAGAGCAGUCGGCACACCUGCGUGUGAAUCUGCCCGACCCCCUGGCGUUUGGUCAGAGUACCUCAGAGCGUCCCACUGCCCAGGGGCUCAUUCUGGCCACAGUAAGCUCCCUGGAUGGUCACGGUGCCGUCCCAUCUCCAGGCUGUGUGCUCAAGAGGACAAAACCCAGGCCAGAGCCACAGCUGGGAGACCUACAUUGUCCCUGCAAAAUAGUAAGAACACCUAAGGUGUGCUCACUUGGGGGCCAGUUUCUCCUCGGAACAUGACAGUGAAACUCUUUUAGAGAAAAGACCUUUGUAGAUUCAACAAUUGUGAUAGGAUUUUUACAGACACCUAUUUUGGGCUCAGUUUUCAUCAUUACCAUUAAAUGCAUUGGAUAGAAGGGGACUGUUCUUCACACAUUAUAUUAUAGGAAGACAUAAUUCCAGUGCCUUUAUGGUGGAGCAGAAUUCAACAACACAUGUCCAUUCAGCCCUGAGUGGAUCUGAGAUGAAGACGUUUUUAAAGAUCUGUCUGUAUUCAAGACAUAGCCAGUUUUAUUUAACUGAGUUUUUUACACUUGCACAUCAUUAUCUGUGCCGUCCUGACUAGAAGGCUGUCUGGGCCCCCAAAUUCCAAGUCCCAGUGUAGCCAGGGCUCCCAUUUUCCAGUUUGUGCAGUUGGACUGCAGAGCCCAAAGCCCUUCAUCUCUCUGAAGGCCAAGGACACCAGGGGUCCCAAGUCACAGAUAGACAUUCCAGUUUGUCUUCUUAGGAAUCAUUCUUAGGUAGAUCUGCAGAAACAGGCCUCUGUGAAGUGUCUGCCAGGCAGAGAUAGGCCUUGAAGUCCUGGGGCUCUCCAGGCAGUGGGGUUACGUGUCGAACUAAGGGUGCUGUGCGGAAGAGCUUGGAGAGUAGAUCAGAGGCUAGAACAGUUACUGCAGAGCUCCUAAGUUACCACUCAACCAGUGGCUGUUUCACAAGGGUUGAGGGCAUUUGCCUGUCCUGUGAGGUCUGUGCCACAAUGUGAGUCUGAACUGACUGCUCCAGUUAGGUGAUCUCAGGCACAUUGAGAGUAUACAGCAUCCUUAGCACAUACUGUGGGAAAAUGGACUGCUCUUGGCUCCUGACUCCCAGGGUAUAGUGCUCGGUAACUCAUCCUUCAUGCAGAGGUUUGCUGGCCUUUACGGUUUCCCAAGGAGCAAGACCUCUGUCCACCCUUUGGCCUGGCCUCUGCUCUGACUCUUUUUUUUACAUAAGAACUGAUAGGUGUUUCACGUUGGGCUAAGUGGAUUCCUUAUCCCUUUGUUAUAUAUAUUUUUUGCAACUUGGAUUUCCAGUUUGUUUACAGAGUAGUCUUAGGUAGUAGCAAAAGAGCCAAAGAAGAGAUUUGUAUUGCUGAGCUCAAAGCCAAGCAGAGGCCGGCAGCGGAGGCUGAGCAGGGACUCUCCAGGCUUCUCUGCCCACGAACACCCGGGUCCCAGCCCCUCCUUCCUUUCCCUUUGGUGCUCCCUCCUCCCCAUGUACCAUUGCGCGUGCAGCUGGAGCAGAAUACCCUCAUUUUUAGGAAUCUAGUGAUGCCUCUUGCCUCAGGGAAAUGUUUCUUUGAUGGGGAGUUUGAGAUUUCUUUUUCUUGUUUAUGCUUUAUUUGUGGUAAUGAAAGAGCGAAUGACUGAACAGCCAUGGCAAGGCAGAUCUACAGGCGAGGCCGCGGCAGAGGGUGGGGCAGAGUGGCCUUGGGGUCUGGGGACUGCAGGGGUUUCCUUGGCGCAGCAAAUGUCUCUGAGCACUUACCAGGCGUGGCCAUUUCUUAGGUGUGAGAGGGGCUGUGGCUUUUGUGCAGCAACUAUGUUGGUGUUAGGGGUGGUGUGGAGAUUGUUAAUCUUGUAUAAAGCAAUUCAAUAAAUUGUUUCAAGGUUUCCAAAA